AUGGUCGUUCGAUUGAGGUUACAACGUUUUGGAAGGACGCAUGCUCCCUUUUACCGCAUGGUGGCGGCCAAUGCCCGGACUCCCCGAGAUGGCAAAUUUUUGGAAAUUGUCGGCACCUACAAUCCGUUGGCCAACAAGGAGGGCAUGAAGGAAAUUCGCAUCAAGGAAGAUCGCUUGAAAUAUUGGUUGGCGGUGGGAGCGCAACCAUCGAAUCGCGUGGGAUGGAUUUUGGGUAAAUUUGGAAUCUUGCCACCGUUGCCGCAUCAUUACAAUCCACAAAAAAUGAAGGCCAAGAAGGACGAAGAGAAAGACAAAUAA